AAUAACGAUGAUAUUGAAUAACCUCAUUAAAGCAAUACUGUUGUAUACUCAAAGUUGAAGCUAUUUAUACCAUUUCACUUCAUGUCGGAAACAAUCUAUAGCCAGGUACGACAGUAAUUCAUGACGGGAAAGACCAAAAAGGUGCGGAAUGAAAAAGCAUACGACACCUAAACAAACAGUCAUCAACGAUAGUCAAUAUUUCAUUGUAUUGGUUCUUGGGCAUUACGCGUUCUAUUAAGCGCGCUGUCACCUGUCUUUGAAACACUAAAGCUAAGAAAUUACAGUAAGAAGAAAACAAGUUGUUAUAGUUACAUACACGUACAACUCAUAACGAUUGGGUUGGAGUGUGCGUUUAUGCUGAAGAUAUUCUGGGCCGGCCGUGAAGGAGAAAUCAAAGCUAUAAGAAAAAUCUGUAUAUAUACGCUAUGAUUGACUACAACUCGACAAUCAACAACAGUGAGAUCAUUGUCAAUGGAGGGGCUACAGAAAAGCCACUCUGGUACUGGAUAAUAAACACGUUCAUUUCCAUGGUCACUGUAUCUGGAAAUGGUCUGGUCAUAUACGUCUUGGUUACCAGGCGUCGUCUCCUUACACCUGUCAACUGGUUUGUCUUGUCACUCAGUAUCUCGGAUUUCCUCAUCGGACUUUUCCUUCCUCCGAUGUCAGCUAUCUGUGAAUACGGAUUCAAAUGCAACAAGAGGAUAUUUUAUCUUUUCUACAAUAGUCUCAUGUCAUUGGCCGUCAUCAACAUAUUUACCAUGACUUUUGACCGCUAUUUUGGGAUUGUUUACCCGUUGAAAUACCACUUGUAUAUGACAAACACGCGUAUCCGAAUAUUAUUGGCAUGUUCGUGGGUCACGCCGGUCAUACUCUCUUGUAUUCCCGUUACUUGGUCUAACGCCCCUCCUGACGUGGCUGCCACCUCAAAACGGAUCCACACAAGCAUAAUGCUUGCGAUUUUCGAGUUCUUCCCUCCCGUUCUUAUGCUCCUGAUGUACAUUCGAAUUCUCCUUACUGCCCGCCGACAUGCUCGCCAAACAGCCAAUCAGAUCGCGCAGCUGAAUUAUAAUCAGUACUCCCACAAUGCAUCGCGUAAUCGUACUGAGCGUUCGGUUCGUGUUAUCGGAGCUGUCGUGAUGUUAUUCGUGUUUUGCUGGCUACUAGAUAUUUAUAAGUCUAUUUGUUGGCACUACCACGUUUGUAGCCUAUCACCUAACGCUGUCUGUGUGUCUAUUGUCCUGCUGUACUUGAAUUCAGCGGUUAACCCUCUAGUGUAUGCGCUACUCAAGAAUGACUUCAAGAGGGAAAUCAGGAACCUUUUCUGUUGUACUCAGAGUUCUGUGGCUAAUACGACUUUAGAAAUGACAGAAAAUAAGAACGAUAAAAACACUUUGAGGGAUUCCGUGUAUCAUCCAGAAAGAACAUGUACUUAAUACAGCAGUAAUUAAUUAUUCUUUCUUUGCACAUGACGUCAUAGCCGCCAUCUUUGUUGAAUUUAACAAAAGAAUUGUCAAUGAAUUCUUUUUUUAUGUCAACCAAUAUGGCCGCUGUGUCUUUUGUCAUGUUACUCACUUGGGAAUAGCGCACUCGCUACUCUCGCUGCACCUCUGGGGUCUCAGGUUCGAUCCCUACACUACAGGCUCUCUGUUUAUUUUUUCCCUGUAAAACCCUAUUAAUGUGGUGAUGUUACGUCAUAGCCGCCAUCUUGGUUGACGAUAACAAAGGAUUCCUCAUAAGCUUCUCUUGUUAAAUCAACCAAGAUGGCGGCUAUUAAUUUUUAUUUAUAUCUCAUGGGAAUUUUGAGUCAUGUGGUUGCACCCCAAGAAUAUAUGUUUAAUUCCAGUUCUGUGAGUAAGCGAGGUCUGACUUUGACUGAGCCCAGAGUUUGUUUUAGGGUUCUAUCUGUGAUAUGACUUAGAUCA